AUGUCGCUCAACCAGCUUCCGGAUGAAAUCAUCCGGCACGUUCUCUUUUGCCUCUCGCCCUUGGACACCCUUCAUGGCGUUGGUCUGACCUGUCGCCAUUUGGCUCGACUGUCAAGGGAGGGACUGAUAUGGAGAUUUCACUGUAUCCAGACCUUCAAAUAUUGGCACCCCAGCCACGGUUUCAAAACCCUCCUCAGACUACCAGCGCACCGGACGAACUGGAAGCAACUUUUUGUUUUAAGAUAUGCUCGGAACAAGCAGAUAUCGCGUUUGCUUGAGGGCAUCUUGAGGACCAAGGUUGGCCGGCUCAAGAGGUUUGAACGGAUUACCAAGUUUGGUUAUGAUGCCAAAGAUUUUCUGCUUGAACACUGCGAUGCAGACGACUCGUUUGAGGAUGUCUUGGCAAGAAGAUACUUUGCUCAUGCUGCCUUGGAUGCUAUUCACAGGCACAUAGCUGUCGAGCAGUGGAUCUCUCUUUCCGUGGAGUCGGAUAGGCACAACCCUCUCGAGCUUGAAAAGGGACUCGGGGCGUUCGACAUGUUUGUAUUGCAUGGCCAACGCGGUGACUUGGACGACAUAACUGCCCUUCUUGGUAGCCUCACUGCUAGGUUCUGUUCAAGCCAUCCGCAAAUGGAUGAAUGGACAACUCGCGAGAAGGCCCUUGCUCUCAACAGAUGGGUCCGGGCAAAGAAUCUGACCGGCCUUCGACAUCCGGAGAGGGAUUACCGCAACCUGAGAAACUGCUUGAUCGGACAGGCGUUGCAGCAUGAGGACCACGAGUCGAUCCCAAUCAUCUCAAGUGCCAUCUACUGCAGCAUGGCGCAGCGAAUUGGGCUCGACGCACGGUGUAAUGCUUUCCCUGGCCAUAUUCACGUUGUUGUAUCACCUCCCCCAGGUCGGGAUCUGGACGAUAAACAAGUCGACGAAGCCACUGAACCAGGAAAACGGAUGUAUUUGGAUCCUCACGGCAGCGACGAUGAGGUCCCUGCAAAGGAGCUCAGGCGUUUACUGGCUCGUUUCGGUUCGGAGAAUAGCACCGCCGCCAUGGAACCUACCCCGACGUCCUCAACUAUCAUCAGGACGGCCAACAAUAUCAGGUUCAGUUACGAAACAUUUUUGGAGCAGCAGGAUCGCGACGGAGAGACGAAUCUCACGCGGCUCCUUCACGGCUCUGGGCCUAUGAACGUGAACGCCUGCUACUACGCCAGCCUUUGGGCCAUGCUGAUCAUGGUGCCCACCUCUAGCUUUGAGUGGGAAGAGUUUUUCGACGUAUUCAUGGACCGGUUUUGCAGGCACUGGCCAGAGGAUGUAUGGCUCGUGGAGAAGUAUGUGAUGCCUCUCUAUGAGCGUUUUGCAGCCCAACGCCGGAGACUCAUCCGCCCUGCAUCCUCCGAUGUUAAUGAUGCCUGGCGCGUGGUCCGUUAUACCCAGCAAGCCGAUAACUUGCCCCCCUCAGUCUUUCGCAGGAGUGACAAAGGGAACGAGGACGUGCCGUUCAAAAUCGGCCAAGUAUUCCGCCAUAGGCGUUACGGGUGGAUGGGAGUCAUCACUGGGUGGACUUUAAUGCGAGGUGACUCGAGACGGACGGAGGGCUCUGAUGACCCGGACACGCCUGACCCGGAUCUAGAAAUCGUUCGAAAUCCCGAGAAGACUUAUUUCACGUACAUCCGAUCUACUUCUGCUGAGCGGUUUGUCAUCGCUGAAGCAAAUGUCGAGCUCAUCAAUGAUCCUGAGUUGGUCUUGGAGACGCCAUUUGCAUAUGCUGGGAAAUUCUUCAAGAGAUUUGAUCCCGAGACGUGCUGCUUCAUCUCAAACAUAAAGGAACAGUAUCCGGAUGAUUGA